GGUGUGUGCUUCUUUUAUAAAUUGUUUUAUUUUGAAAUUUAAAUUGGAAAACUAUAAUAUAAAGAAAAAACACAUUUACUUGUUAAACUCUAUUAAACCUUUGGAAAUUAUUAGUUCUAUAUAAAUUAACAAUGGCUGCACGAAAAAAACCUCAAUUACCAAAAUCUGUUUUGGAUAUGAAAUUUAUGAAAAAGACUAAGGAAAGGAUAGAAAAAGAACUGGAAAAUACACAAGAUCUCGAUGGACUAUAUUCUAGUAUAAUUACAAGUGAAAUGCGCCACGCAUCUGGGAAUUUUAUAACAGAAAGUAGUUUCAGUUUUUGCGAAGAUUUAUUAGAAGGGAGAUUGUCCUACAAAGGGAUGAAUCCAGAAAUAGAGACAUUAAUGGAAGCAGAAAAUAAAAAAUAUGAAGACGAAGGUGAAAUGCAAAAAGAUGUUUCUGAUGAAAUAUUAGCUAAGAAAAUGAAUAAUUUUAACAAACGAAAACGGUUAUCAAGCCCCAGCAGAUAUAAUUUAGUAAAAAAGAAAAAAUAGUUUUAUAUGCAGUAUUAGUUUUAAACUAAAGUGGAGUGUUGAUUAACCAAACAUGUGGACAACAAUGGGCAAAAAUGUAUGGAAUAUGAGACCAUCCACCAAUGGCAUUGAAAUAUGUGUCGUCGGAUGGGCCACUUCAAUUGGAACAACAAUUGCUAAGCUAAGACACAUUUAUUAUUACAACUGUCCAUUCCGAGCUAUGAGACUUGUAAGUUGAGUAAAGGCUACUUUUACAACCCAAGAUAAGCACAUCAUUUUCUUGAAAUUAAACAUGCUAUGGGUUUUCUUCGUCAUUCACGAUGUCUUGAAUUAUUUGUGUGUCAGUUUUCAUGGCAGCGAGUAUAUUUCUUAAAAUUUUAAAAUAUAUUUUUCUUAAGCAACAAAAAAUCUCAUUACUCCAAUGGACAGUUGCAACAAUAAGGUGGUCAUAGUGAUUGUUGUAUCUAUUGAGGGGACCUGUCCAAUGACAUGUACCUUGUUGCUAUUGUAGGGUGGUCCCAAUCUGCCCAAUAUCGACCCCACUUAUGGUCCCAAGAACAUCCAAAUUGUGGUCAAUUUCAUGUAAAAAUUACAUAAUCGCUUAGCAUGCUAUAUGAUUGUGUAGUUUUUACUAAAAUAAGCUUCUUUGUUUUCUUUCAAGUCAAAUUGUUUAAAAAUAUUUUAUGUUAUUUAUAGUCUGUAGCCUGUUACUGUAUUUGAUAAAUAAAAUAAAAAUAAAAAUGUUGCAUGCUUCAAAAAUACAGUUUGAUUAUUAGAACAAACAUUGUCUAAACACCUAUGUUACCUAAUUAGUGCAGGUAAUAAUCAAUGUUUUACUAUAUUACUGUAAUUAACUUAGAUAUGUACCCAGUUUUAUUAUAUUGCUGGAAAGCACAUUUCCAAUUACCAUUGUAA